AUGCAGCCCCAACAGAUCUACGACUUUUCCAGCGAGGAGAACAGUCACAAAUGGCGAGGCCUCUUCGUGCAGGCGCUCCGCAAGGGUUUAAUGGCUCUGGACUCACCCUACACUGGCAUAGUGGACUGGCGUAAAGUUGCCCUCAGAUAUGGGCAGGAUUUUAAAGAGGCAGGGGGAACCGUGACAACUGAGUUUGAGGCAUCUGACAUCACUGUGGUGAGGGAGAGUCCUGCCAGGAUCUCAGAAGGUCUUAAAUACCCCAUUGCUAUUAGAAGCUCCAAGGGUGAUGAGGUGCAUUGUCGUUAUGUGUUGACUUGUGGGGGUCUGUACUCUGACCGACUGUCCCAGAUCUCGGGUUGUAGUCCUGAGCCCCGUAUCGUGCCCUUCAGGGGGGACUACCUGGUGCUCAAGCCAGAGAAACGCUACCUCGUGCAGGGAAACAUCUACCCGGUGCCAGAUCCUCGUUUCCCAUUCCUGGGAGUUCACUUCACCCCCCGUAUGGACGGAGUGUGGCUGGGUCCCAAUGCCGUCCUGGCUUUCAAACGUGAAGGCUACCAGCUAUACGACCUCAAUGUUAGGGACCUCACAGAUGCACUAUCCUUUAGAGGUUUGCAGAAGCUGGUGAUGAAGAACAUAACCUAUGGUUUGGGUGAAAUGUUCAGGGGCGUGUUCAUAGGGGCACAGGUGAAAAUCCUGCAGAAGUUUAUACCUGAGCUCUCUCUAAGUGAUGUAGUCAGAGGUCCAUCUGGAGUGCGGGCACAGGCUCUAGACAAGGAUGGGAACCUUGUGGAUGACUUUGUGUUUGACGGGGGCACGGGGGAAAUUGGCAGUCGGGUGCUGCACGUACGCAACGCCCCCUCACCCGCCGCCACCUCCUCGCUUGCUAUUGCCGAAAUGGUCGCCGACGAGGCCGAGAAACGUUUUACCCUCUGACACACACACACACAAGAAAUACCCAAAAGUGCAUACACACACACACAACACACAGGUGCGCCCAGACACUGACAGAGGGCACGAACAAUGUGCUUCUACAGCAUAUCGCCCAAUCACCGUGCAGUGUGACACUACUGGAUUAUGUCAGGCAGGCCCCGUUGUCCCAUUUGCAUAGUGGGCCCCGUCCCAGCUUUCCACUAGCCCACUUCUCCACUGACACCUGACCUCAACUUAGUCGUCACUCUCUCCUUUUCCAUACCAUGUCACCCUAUAGGCUGGCCCGCGCCAGCUGCCUUCCAUAUUCCUUUCACCUGUGGCCCAAUCCCAUUACACUCACAUUACAGUUGUCUUUACCAUCGGGUUGGUUUCGCCGCCGUGCCUCUGCAGUGCUGAUCUCACCCCACCUCUGGAUGGGAGCCAGCCGACAUCCCAUGUAGCCUACUUCAGGUCCGUCUAUCACGGUGUUUACAUGGAUCGGCUCUCUGAAAGGCCAGAAUGAAUGGGAGAACAAGAAGAGGAUCGUCCCUAUCAUGAUUGGGAUUGGGUUCUGCUGUGUCUGUCUGGGCUUUGACAGACAACCAUGCCGGAUGCUGC